AUGACCAUCUCCGACUUCAGGCUCAAAGGGCUACUAUCCUUCGCUCUUGCGGCACACCACAUUCUACACCUCACGCUCCCUACCAUCACUGGCAUUGAGAUGCUCCUCCUCUGCGCCUAUGUCCUCAUCUGGGCCUCGAAACCCCACGUUCGCGCCUCGACUGCCGCGAUCGCUCGCCACCUAGAACGCUACGCCCUGGCAACACUUCCUGCCAAAGUCGUCCACCGCUGCAACCGUCUCAUAGACUGCUCAUUCUAUGUGCUUCUCUGGGUUAUCAUCUGGGGUCCCACUUCUGGGCUGCCUAUGUUUUUGCGGUCGGCCUGGUGGUCUAUUGGUACGGUCUUCACCGUCUGCUACGUCUCGGCAAGCCUUAGCGGAUUCCUCUGGGUGCCUGCCUUGUGCUACGUCGGCCAUCCCAGCUACAACAUGCUGCAACGCGCCGCGAAGAUAGGAACGAUGGCUUUCCGCUGGACGGGCGGGAAGGUUCGCUCUCUGUUCAAGUCCUUUCAAUCAGCUGCGGUAUUCAGCUACACUUACGUUCAACAACAUCGUCCUACACUGUCCGACGCGAAGAUCUGGACCAUUACUGCGAUGACUCCUCUGCGGGCUUGUCUUCGCUGGGCUGCCGCCGUGAUUACUAUCCUCGACGCUGGCGGUCGUUCUACGAUCGCCGCCAUUCUCCGCGCUACUUCAACUGUCGUCCGUAUCGGGGGCCGCGUGUGUAGCAAGAUCCUCGAAGUAACUGCCCGGAUGCAUGCCGCGACUAUGGACAUGAUUUCGCGGAUGCACUCCACGGCCGUCCACGUCGCGUUGCAGAUGUACACCAAAGCCGCCACCGAUUGCAAGGCAGCUGCUUCCUGGGCCUCGUUGCAGACCACCGAGGCAUGCUCGACGGCGCACCGCCUCUCGCACCGGCUUUUGCGCGCCUCAGUCAAGACGGCUGCGUUCUUCCGGAAGGAGCCUGGCACCGUCGAGUGCAUCAUCGCAUCUACCUCGCAGAUCCUCGAGGGUCUAGGGAUGGCGUCGGACGUCCUUGCCCUGGUUCCGUUCGCCGUCCUGGGUGAUGAGAUUACGCUGAGGUCAGGUCCGACCCUCCACGUCGCGGACGCUGUCAAGGCCACAGUGGACAUCGCACUCGUCGCGCCUUUCCAAGCCAGCAGCAACGACAUUGAAGCUGACGGACAUUGCGAGGCAGCCGCCCUCGAGCAUAUCGAAAACGAGGAUACAGCCGCAAACAUGCGCGACGCCGCCCAGCCCGCCAGCAAGGAUACGCUCUCCGCUCAGCAGCCUUUCGACGACGAUAUCGACGAUGAUCUAGAUGCGCUCAUCCGCAGCCUCGCGACCCUCGUUCUUUCGGACCCAGAGGAGCAGCCCACUACUUGGUCCCUGGGUCCAUGUGUCUCGCUUCGGAUCCCCGCUUCGACCUCGGCGGAGUCCAACUGCUUCGACUUCGCAUCCCCUCCCCGCCAGGCACCAACCUCGUUCGCGUACCCCAUGGGGGUGGCCAAGGAUCGCGCUUCUUCGUCAAAUGACAGCUUCGACACCACGCUCUGCGGCGACUCCUGUUCCUCCCUCGGUCGCAUCCUCGACUCCAAACUUCAUGAGCAGGCUUCAAGCAACUCGACGCUCGCUAUGACGGAGGAGGUUGCCCGAGGAGCUGCAACGCCGCAGAAGGCGCGCGAGCAGCCGAAAUACCUAGGCGCGCAUAAGCAUCGACAGACGCAGCAGGAUCUCGCGCGAGGGGCAUGCAGGGCUGAGGAGGUACGCGUGGUGGUCGACACAUCCGCGGCGAAGCAAAUCGCCUGGAGGGCCCUGCUGACGUAUGGGCGCAGGUAUUCGUCAUCGACGCUUCAGCAGUGGGUGUUGGGCUAUCGCUGGUCGGGCCCCGCGCGCACAUAG